GACACUCACGGGAAUCAGCUGAACGGCGCUCACCUAGACGGCAAAACAAAAAAAGGUUUGUUAGUCAUGCGCAGCAAGCAGCCAACGGGUGAGUGUACCGUCGUUCGGUAACCCACCUCCAGAGGUUGCUUAGGGCUGCUGCGGGCUGCUGCGACUGCCAAACCUUUUCGCCCUGCUCGCCCAAUAUCGGACGCUCAUGCGCACCCACACAAGCACACGGGGGCCAGCAGUGCAGGCUCCCUGGCUAGUAGUGUGUGUCACAAACGUCAACCCUUGAAGUUCCUGCCAACCUACGGCCCACCGACCAAACGUAACACAUUUGCCCCAUUCAGUCGGAGUUAGGACACGCGAUAGAGCUGAGUGAAGUGCGUUCGAUGUGUGCCGCUCGCGUGUGGUCUAUUUCUCUCGCCCAUUCCGCCAACCAGUGCUGCUCGUGGGGCUAUAGCAUUUCGCGUACGUUUAGUGUCACAUACGUCAGCAGUUCCAUCUAGUGCGCCCCGUGUUCCCCCUACCAACGCCCUCGCUCUCUUUCUCUCCUCCUCCUCCUUCUUCUCCCCUUCCUACGUGGGCGCGUGUGAACCUAUCGUUUUCGCCGCGAGCCUCGUUAGGCAAUCGAGCAAGCACGGGACAACAUCGAACGGCAAGCGAGCUAGCAGCGCGCUAAUCAUUCGCAAACAAUGUGCCACGAUUUCGCGCACGGUGAAACGGCAUCAAUGGAAUUAAUCGGUCGUAUAUCGUCGGUCUGAUUUGCGUGGUAAACAAGCGCGUCCGCCGUUGCGAGCAGUGCAAGGCUGGGCGCCUCCACCGGCACUCAGCACCAAACCCAGAAGCUCCUGUGCAUGCUGCAUCGAUUACGUUCACCAAUGAAUGGAUACGUGUUUGCACGGGCACGGCCCUGUCACUGUUCGGUGACUGGCAUUGAUUUGAAAUAGUGCCUGCCCCCCGCGCCAGUCUGUCAGUUCCCGCGGGCCACGUUUUGUCGGUUGGAAUUAUGUCAAAUUAUUGUCGUUUUUCGCAUCGCGUAUCUCCCACCCCCGGGCGCCGUGUGAAUUGUGGAUGCCAAUGGGAAGGGUAGGAAUGCUUCGACACUCGACACGCGUGUACCGUACGGUGCCAGCAAGGACACUCCGUUCUGUAGCGCCCGUUUGGCAUUGAACCUACACUUCAUCCCUGUCCUCGGUUCGGUUCGGGCUCGGUGCAGUGUAUGUGGCAGCAGGCGAGUGUACCCACGCCCUUGCGGUUGUUUAGCUGGUUCGUUAGGCCGACGUUCGACCGCUCGAGUGCCCGAUGGAUGUAUGUGCGAAGUGGAUUACUCCAUCCCGACAACAAGCCCAAGGCUGCGGAUGAGUGAGCGUUUGUCGUCGAGUUAUCCCUCCCCGGCGGUUCGUUCGCCUCGCCGGUGGGAUUACGCCAGUUAUUCAACCUGCCUGACGAAACGGCGCUUCAAAGAACACUGCGGGGGAAGAUAAAAAGCACCGCUUCAUCGCCAAGUGAUAUCGAGAAGAGCGACGGGCCAAGUGUGUGCAAUCUGUAUAUGUGUGUGUAUGUGUGUGUGUGAUAAAUGAUUGCAUUUUCUCGCUGCACCGAUUCUUCCGAUGAAAGACGGUGCGCUGCGCUGGUGUGUCCUUACCCGAUGCUUUGUGACAAAGUGGGCGACAAGUGUGCGGUGUGCCUGGAGCCGAUGAAACGAGUGAAACAAAAGAGAUGUUUCGGGUGAAAUCGGGCUGAAGCUUUGUGAAAAUUGCAAUUGUGCAGAGAGAAGCAAAGCAGUGAAUAAAAAGUUUUGUCGAAGAAAACCACACAGAAGGAAAACCACGCUUUAAAAGCUUUAUUCAGAAAGAUGAAGUGCAGAGAAUGAGGUGUUGAGGCUUUAAAUGAAAAUGUUGUGUGGUGAGCUUAACCAAAUAAAUUGUGAAACCGAGUGAAUUGCCGUGCCCGUAGUCAGCUGCAGUGCUGCUAUUCUACGAAAAUCGAUACAGAAAGCUGCCAUAAAAGCAGCACAAAAAGAGUGCUUGUGUUUGUGUUUGAAAAUGGAAAAAAGAGGAUCAUUUUCCGUGCUGUACCCGAAAUCUUCCAUCUGAUUCGUUGCACUGUGAAAAGGGGCAGAAAGCGGUGCGACCGUGAGUGCAUAGUGGCGUGUAAUACGAUUACGAAAGUGUAGUUUCGCAACCAGAAAAGGAAAGGAAUAACAAAAAAGCGAGCACAGUGCAAAAUAUGUGAUGUAUGAGCUUGCACAGCAAUGUGGCAGCUGAAGCAGCACGAGCAGCAGCAGCAGCAGCAGUCGAAACGACACGAAUAAAGUAACCAUGCUGCCAGCAACGGUGAUUAUUGCGGUGGUUGUUUUCACCGUUUCGCUGGUGGCUCCCAUAAAUUCUGCCGGAUCCGGCAGCAGCAGCAGCAGCAGCAGCAGUAGCGGAAGCGGCAACAGCCCCAGUAACGGUGGUCCCGGCAGCAACAGCAUGGACGAGAACGAAACGCUCAAGAAGUCGACCAGCUCGCGGAUCGUGCACACCAAGUACGGUGCCGUUUCCGGCACGAUCGAGCACCUGGACGGGCGCCAUCUGGAUCCGGUCGAGGCGUUCCGCGGCGUGCCGUACGCUUCGCCCCCGGUGGGCAAUCUGCGGUUCAUGCCACCGGUGACCGGGGCGCUCUGGUCCGGUGUAAAAAAGGCAGACAGGUUCAGUCCCGUCUGUCCCCAGCGGCUGCCUGACAUCUAUAACGAAACGGCUGCCCUGGAGCGCAUGCCGCGCGGCAGGCUGGAGUACCUGAGGCGCCUCCUGCCCUACCUGCGCAAUCAAUCAGAGGACUGUCUGUAUCUCAACAUCUACGUACCAACGCAAGCUGGCUCGCGGGAAAGCUCCAGCACCUCCAAAUACGCCGUCGUGGUGUUCGUGCACGGUGAAUCGUACGAAUGGAACAGUGGGAACCCGUACGAUGGAUCGGUUCUAGCCAGUUAUGGACAAAUUUUAGUAGUUACAAUCAAUUAUCGUUUAGGAAUAUUAGGAUUUUUAAAUGCCAACGUAGACCGGUUCUCGAAAGCGCCGGCCAACUACGGUCUAAUGGAUAUCAUUGCCGCCCUGCACUGGAUACAGGAAAACAUCGAGGCCUUUGGUGGUGACCCGAAAAGUGUAACACUCGCAGGCCACGGAACCGGUGCCGCCUGUGUUCACUUUCUGAUCGCCUCCGCAGCUGUCCCAGAAGGACUGCUCUUCCAUCGGGCGAUCAUGAUGUCCGGAUCGGGGCUCGCACCGUGGUCACUGGUGGGCGAGCCGGCCAAGUUCGCCGCUUACGUAUCGCACCACGUGAACUGUUCGCCCGAUCUACCUCACCAGCUGCUCCUGAAGUGUUUGCGCGACAAACCGCUCGAGGACAUUCUAUCCACCAGCGUGCGCGCACCGGACUUUGGCAACGCGUUCGGACCCAGCGUGGACGGUGUUGUAAUAGAUACGGGAGAGAUACAGCAGAUGGACGGGACGCACUACAGUGACUACAGUGGCAAUCCGGCUGCAACGAAACCAUCCGCUCAUAUCCACAACACGCUCAACACCAUCAACGCGAUACUGUUGCGCAAACUAGCUAUUAACAAAUUGUCCAAGUACGAUCUACUGGUCGGUGUGACGCGGGCCGAAGCGUACUUUGCGUUCAACUCCGAAGACGUCCAAUACGGUAUCGAGGCGGACCGGAGGGCGAAAAUUCUGAAGAACUACGUCCGAAGCACGUACAGCUUCCAUCUGAACGAAAUCCUGGCCACGAUCGUGAACGAGUACACCGACUGGGAGCGGCCGGUGCAGCAUCCCAUCAACAUCAGAGACGAGACGCUAGAAGCGCUGAGCGAUGCACGUAUCGUGGCGCCGGCCGUACAGACGGCCGACCUACAUUCCGCUGAUCACCGCAAUUCGUUUCUGUACGUGUUCGAUUAUCAGACGAAAUUUGGCGACUUUCCGCAGCGACAAGGCUGUAUCCAUGGGGAGGACUUGCCGUAUCUGUUCGGUGCACCACUGGUCGGAGGAUUCAAUCACUUCACGCGAAACUACACCAAGUCCGAAAUCGCCCUCUCGGAAGCGGUUAUGAUCUACUGGUCAAACUUUAUCCGCACCGGCAACCCGAACGAACAGCUCGAAAAUGAUCACGUACGCGACCGGACGCGCUUCAAGAACAUCGAAUGGACGCCGUACGAGAGUGUGCACAAAAAAUAUCUCAAUCUUGACACGAAGCCUAAGCUGAAAAACCACUACCGGGCGCAUCGGCUGUCCUUCUGGCUGAACCUCGUGCCGGAUUUGCAUAAGCCGGGCAACGACGACGUCCCCAGCGGGCACCACGAGCUGGAGUCGGACGACGAGGAGCAGCCGGCCGCGCUGCCAACGGUGAAACCGCUCAACCCGCCCCAGCGCGAUCCGGCCACGAUCGGGUCGAACUAUACGCUCUUCACCACGCAGGUCUUCUCGCUGCUGAACUUCUCCUCGUACGGCAUCCUGCCGAACGGUAGCCGCCACUAUCCGGGCACCCGGCCCGUCCACCCUGUGACGGCCGAAUCGUCCGAGGGAGGUGACGAUGACGGUGGCGCUGCAGGCGGUGGGGCUGGCGGAGCCGGUGGAAUGUCUUCCUCGCAGGAGGAUGGCUUCGCCGCGUACAGUACCGCGCUGAGCGUCACGAUCGCGAUCGGGUGCAGUCUGCUCAUACUGAACGUGCUGAUCUUUGCCGGCGUGUACUACCAGCGGGACAAGACGCGGCUGAAUGAGCCGCGCGGCGGCGGCCCGGGCAUGGGCGGUCCCGGCGGGCACGGCACGCUGCAGACGAAAAAGCGCAACGAAAACGGCCAAAUGCCCAACAACAUCUGCGGCGAGCUGGAAAGCCUGACGAUCCACGCGAAGGCGGACCCCUCCACCAUACUCGGGCACCAUCAUCCGGCGCUGCAGCACCACCAGAUGCCGCCGCCCGAGUUUGCCGACCUGCCGCAGCGGGCACCGCCACCACCGAAGCACCUGAAGUCGGUGCCGGGCGACGGCGGUGGAAUGCUGCCCGCACACGCGCUCCAGCUGAUCGGCAGCAACUGCGGUACGCUCACGAAGAAGAGCUGCGUCAAGUCGAACCUGUCGGCGGCGACGGUCGGUGGCGUGAGCGUGGGCCAUCCCUCCCAGACCGUCACGAUGGACGAGCUGCGCGUGUGACGUUAAGUGUCGUUCGCUCUCGAGGACCGAACGGUAGUGGCUGCCCCGGGCGACGAUGACCACGACCACGGUCGGAACAUACUGAUGAACUGCCUGGGCGACGGCAGGAGCCUGGCGUUCGAUGGCGCCAUGACCGCCCUGUAGCCGCCCCGUAGCGGGUGCAAACGUUGGAUGGAGGCGCCCGGUGGCGCGUGGUCUUCUUUGCAGUGGCAAAAACCCGGCUGUUGGAGGGGGACCCCCCGGGGUACGGUCACUGCCGCGCGCAAGCCCAAGAGAGCGGAUGCUAAUGAUGAAUUUCAAUAGGUUAUGAAUAAUUAGUGCAAACCAGGGGAUGCUCGGCCCCAGCACACUCGCUGGGACGGUUCGGGCCGAGCCAGUGCAGGAGCGAAGCCAAUUUUUAGCCGAAAACAAGCCGACCAUGUCCACCAGUGUUUGUGUAUGUGUGUGUGUGUGAGUGUGUGUGUGUAUGUUUGCAUCAAAGUGUGCGAAAGUGAAGUUUUCCAAGGGCGAUUGACGAUAGCGGCGAUGAUAACGCGCGGGAAGGAUCCUUCCGGCUGUCCGUUGUUAGCAGCCUCCCCAAUGCUGAUUCGUUGCCAGAAGCAGGUGUGUAAUUAAUCAAUAAUGAUGUCGAACGGUGCCAGAAUAGGGCGGGCUGUUUUGUGUCCCCACCCUCCCUCCGGCCGCUCCCGCACACAACGAUCCCGAAUGCCCGGCACGAGCGGGAAAACGCCACCGGGGGCGGGUAAAAUUAAAACAUUAAUUUUGCAUUUCUGUCAGACGAACGGUUUUCGCUUAUGAUUUAUCAGUGACACUUCCUGAGCUAAAUUAUCCUCCUUCCCAGGACACUCCCUCCACGCUGUGCCUCCCCUUUCGGAUUCGGAUGAGCGAGUGCCAGCCAAAGGUCACCUUUGCUGCUGUUUUGCCUUUGCUCUUGAGCUGAAGAGAUGGCACGGGAUGAGCCUUAAUUUUGCCAUCCAUCCUUGAAAGAACGCCCAACAACACGCCUUGCCUCAUUUACGCCCCAUCUCGGAGUAGCCAAAUUAAUGAUUAAAACAUUUUGCCGCACCAUCGGGACCAUGGGGAUGGGGAUGAGCUGAAGCUUCCGUUUGCCGCGGGUUGGGGCAGUUGCAUGGAAGCGCUCUGAUAAUUGGAAAAUAUUUUGAUUUUUGCCAAGCGGCUUGUUUUUGCCAAGCGCGCUCAACCGUUGACAGUUUUCGAUUAACACUGCCGACCCUGUUCGCGCCACUUGCCCUCGUGUGCAAAUAGUAGCUUUGGGAGAGGGAGGCCUUGAAAAGGGGGAAAGCAAUCUAGCACCGUUGCCAUGUUUCCGGGAGGGCGAAGUCGUUAAAAUAUUGUACCUUCUUGCUUGAGGUUCUAUUUAUUUGACAGUACGGUGCUGCUGAACAGUGACAGCAGCACAGAACGACGACAAACGAGCAAACUAAGAGCCGCAUCACCGCGUAGAUUCUAGGAAUUGUGCGUUUGUAAGCAGUUUUUUUCAACCGUUCAAUUGUGAGGUAUUUUUAUCAUUCCCUCAUGAAAUGCUUCCAACAACCAACGAACAACUAUUUGUCGUGCUGUUGUUCGGUCGGCUUGGAUUGUGUUUCUUCUGUACCAAUUCUCCCUAGACCCCUCCCCUCCCCCCUCUUCCUCAUCCCGCAUGGCGUGUUUUGACUGUUUGAACAGGCAAUUUAUUUGCUUCACCAACCAUUGUUCUCCCGCAAAUGAUUGAUAGCAUUAACCAAAGGGUAGAAGAAGGGGAGGGGUGGGGAGGGGAGGAAGCGAUAUCAGUGGAGCACCCGGGCGAUGGGUUUCUUUUCCGGUACCAGGCUCCGGGGUUCAUUACCUUGAAUCAUUCAUCCCUUCAGCUGCCUGACCCACCCCGCCAGUGCCGGCCGGAUACCAUCUUAAUCCGAAAUCCUUCGAGCUUCCCCUGCCCUUGGCCCCCCAAUACUGGUACACCUUCGCCGUCUGUUAAGCUCCGGCGCGAGGCGCGGCAGAAAUGGGGACAGAAAUAAUGCCCUAUUGUUUGAAUGUAGGACCAAAGAGGCGGCAUCAUAAAUUCUAGGAAAUAAUAACAAUAACAAUAAAAAUCUCUUUGUACAUAAUAAACUCCUUUCCGUGGGGUGCGGGGUGCGUAGGUAGGCGGACGGCCAAGCGGGCGUACACCGGGAAGCAAAAAGCGCCUCAACCGGUUAUCCGGUUUCGGUGUGAAUGUGGGCCACGGCAGCACAGACGCAACACGGCCGGUGCGGGCGAUAUGCAAGCACACAGUUUUGCCGGCCACAGUUGUAUCUUUGAUUAAGUAUUCGAUAAGCCGCCAUAACGAGCGAGAUAAGGGGUUGGAAUGUUAUUUGGGAAUGGUUGUUUUUUUUCUUCUUCUGUUGUUGUUGUUGAUUUCUUCUCAUUGCUCGCUUGCUUGUAUCAUUGUUGUUAGUAGCGCACGCUGGAAUGGACCUUGUGCUGCUCAGCCAGUCACUCCGAAAGCGUUUGUUCGUUCUGCCACCGGCCCUGGAUUAUGUGCAAAACAUAUUUUCAGUGACUCAGUGACUGAUUUGUGCGCUGUGAAUGGAAUUUCCUGUGUCGCUUUUUCCCCCUCGUUUGCCACCCCC